AUGAUCGAAAUGGGACAACAGGGACGUCAAGUACAUACAAAGAUCAAAUAUUUUGAUGAUCCAGGCGUACCUUUGGUGCCUAUGAUAAUUGGAGGUCCGGAACCCGGCAAGCCUCAACCCAAAGUCGAGAUCCCAACAACUAUCACCGAUAUCACUGGCAGAGAGGAUGAAUUCACGCUCGAUGUUCAAGGUUUCCACUAUGUCAAGCAUCAAAGUCGAUUAACCAACUGGGAUGAUGAUGAGGAAAUUAAGCGGGUAAACUACCCUGAGAUGGAGGAACUGUGCUACAAAGUCCUAUCCGAGACCGAGAACAUGCCCAAGCCCUGCCUGGUUCAUAUCAUGACACACAUCAUUCGUCGCGGUCCCAAAGACGGCGAAGGCCCGAAGGGUCCGGCGCCGUUAUAUGGAAUGUGGCGACCCAUUCGCCCGAUAACUCGUGACCCUUUCGCGGUCUCGGAUGCCCGGACUAUACCAGACUCGGACUUGGUGUUUGUACCAGUACGAUUUCCGGAUCACGACACUGAAGCCGUGGAAGUUCGUCCGCCCACGGCUUCACAGCACAAGUGGUAUUUCAAAGACCAGCAACAGGUUGAUGACGUGCUGUUCUUCAAACAAGUGGACUCAAGCACGAAGCCUGGUGUUCCCAGAAGAGUGCCUCACUGUGCUUUCAAGGAUACUGACUUGCCAGAAGGCGCUGGUGAGCCGAGAGCGAGCAUUGAAGUCAGAGCAUUUGUUUUCUAUGAUGAAGACUAG